AUGGCUAAAAUGCAGGCUAAUACGUAUAUAUGUGCAAAUAAAGUUUCAGAAUUAGAGUAUGUUCCAGAAACCUACUCUGCAGCAAUAUAUUUAAACAAUGUGAAUGCAAAGAAGUGGAAACAGUCAAUUGAAGAUGAGUUGAGAGCACAUGAAGAAAAUAAAACUUGGAGUCUAAUUGAAAAACCAAAGGGCGUACAAUUAAUUGACUGUAAAUGGGUCUUUAGAAUAAAAGAUGAUCCAUCUGGUCCAGUAUUUAAAGCAAGACUCUGUGCCAAGGGAUGUGGACAAAAACGAGGCAUUGACUACACUGAAGUUUACUUUCCUACAGUAAGAUAUGAUUCAAUCAGAGUUUUACUUUCAGAAGCUGUUCAACAUGGGUUAGAAAUUUCCCAGUUUGAUGUGAAAACUGCAUUUCUGUAUGGAGAUGUAAAGGAAGAUUUACACAUGAAGCCAUCCGAAGGUUUGACGGUUGAAUAG